UAAAGGGUGUCCCAAUCUGUCAGUUCUCAGAGAGCCCAGCCCACUCUCAUAAGAGCAGCCCUCACACACGGACGCAAACACUCUCUCUCUCACACAUGCACACACUCACUCUCUCUCUCUCUCUCUCACACACAAAUACAUCCUCACGCAGUGGCACACAAACUGAGACUUACAGAGACUGUCUGCCCCUCACCACUGCUGGCAACGGAAAACACUCGCACUCCGACAGGCAAGCUCUCCAGCGCUCUCUGAACCGACACGCUCGCUCACACUCACACUCACACACACAUAAAGAACCUGUACCGGUGGUCCAUAAUGGAUGUACUGAAGAAAGGCUUCUCCAUCGCUAAGGAGGGCGUGGUGGCGGCAGCUGAGAAGACCAAGGCGGGUGUGGAGGAAGCGGCCGCUAAGACUAAAGAGGGGGUCAUGUACGUUGGAACGAAGACCAAGGAAGGAGUGCAGUCAGGUGUAAACACAGUUGCCCAGAAGACGACUGAUCAGGCUAAUACUGCGGCUGACACAGCAGUGGCCGGUGCCAACGAGGUGUCAGAGAAGGCAGUGGAGGGCCUGGAGCAGGCUGUGGCAGCAACCGGCCUGGAGGAUCCAAUGGCUGAGGUGGAGAUCACCAAAACAGAAGAGGGUGCCGAGGAGGCUGCUGAGGUGGCACAGUAGGUGAGAGAGCAGGAGAUGAGGAGAGGAGAGAAAGAGGAGAGAAGGGUUUAAAUGUUGUACUCCAGGAUCCCUUCCCCACCCCAUGUCACCUCUUCGGUUAGGAGGAAAACAUCUGCUGGCAACCCCAUGCCUGCUGUUCAGUUCAUUACCGUCAUGCAAAGGACACCGGAGCUGAUUUGUCUACUACUUUACUAUUGUUAUGUAGUUUUUUUAUUUAUAUGCAACACACACACACACA